AUGUCCGGUGGCAAGAAAGGGGGUUUUCUUGUGUCCAGUCACCUUCAGGGUGAAGCAGUUCAAAAUUGGCGAGAGUUUGUGACAUACUUAACAUACCCGAUCAAGGCUCGUGACUAUUCCCGGUGGCCGGAGAAGCCGGAGGGAUGGCGAGCGGUGACAGAGGCUUACAGCGAAGAGUUGAUGAAUUUGGCCUGCAAAUUACUGGAGGUUUUAUCAGAAGCAAUGGAUCUUGAAAAGGAAGCACUCACCAAAGCUUGUGUUGAUAUGGAUCAGAAGGUGAUUAUCAAUUUCUAUCCCAAAUGUCCACAACCGGAUCUCACACUCGGACUCAGGCGGCAUACGGAUCCGGGCACCAUUACUCUACUGCUCCAGGACCAGGUUGGUGGGCUUCAAGCCACCAGGGAUGGUGGCAACACAUGGGUUACAGUCCAGCCUGUGGAAGGAGCUUUUGUGGUUAAUCUUGGUGACCAUGGCCAUUACCUAAGCAAUGGGAGGUUUAAGAAAGCAGAUCACCGGGCCGUAGUGAACUCUAAUUACAGCAGAUUGUCAAUUGCAACUUUCCAAAAUCCAGCACCAGAGGCCAUAGUUUACCCACUCAAGGUCCGGGAAGGGGUGAAGCCGGUUCUCGAUGAGCCCAUCACGUUCUCCGAGAUGUACAAGAGGAAGAUGAGCAAGGAUCUUGAGCUGGCCAGGCCGAAAAAAUUGGCUAACGAGAAACAGUUGUCGGAAGAGGAGCUGAAGCAGGAAACUAAUGUGAAACCCAAAUCUUUUGAAGAAAUUUUUACUUGA